AUGUCUCCAUGGGAACAGUACCUGGAAUCUGUUUACUACGAUGCGAAACAUCCUGGUAGUUAUGCAGGUCCUGUUAAACUGUACCAAGCCGUUAAAGCAGAGGAUAAAUUUAAAAUUCCUCUAACGCAGAUUAAGAAAUGGUUGAAAGGUCAAGAGACCUAUACCAUGACACAUCAAGUGAGGCAAAAGAUUCUGCAUAAUACAUAUACGGUGGAAGGCUUAGACAGCCACUGGCAAUCCGACCUGGUGGACAUGGUCAGUUUGGCUAAAUAUAAUGAUGGGGUGAAAUAUCUCAUGGUGAUAAUUGACCUGUUCUCCAGAUACUUGUGGGUUCUGCCGCUCAAAUCGAAAACGGGCAAACACGUGACAGACGUUUUGACAGAUCUAUGGAAGUCAGAGUUCAGAAAACCCAAACUGUUUCAGUCUGAUUCGGGGUCGGAGUACAAGAACCAUAUAGUCAAAGCAUUAUUAAAGUCACACGGUAUAACGCAGUUGUUUUCGCUCAAUGAAACCAAAGCCAGUUACGCAGAACGGGUCAUUAAAACCAUUAAAAUGCGCCUGUAUCGCUAUAUGUUAAAAAACUUUACUUACAAGUACAUGGAUGUGUUAGAGAAAGUUGUCCAUAGUUAUAAUCAUACCAUACAUAGGAUGAUAGGUCAAACACCAAUCAGUGUAAACAAAACGAAUGAAGAAGAGGUCUGUCUGUCGCAGUAUCUGAUCAAAUCUAAAAAGAAAAUCCAGAAAAAGAAGAAAACGUUUACUUUUGACAUAGGUGAAAAAGUACGAGUCAGUCAUCUUUGUGGUACCUUCGAUCGGGAAUACCAAGAGAAAUGGUCUGGGGAAAUAUUUACCGUCGAUAAAAGAUACUGGUCUCAAGGUAAAGACAUGUACAAAUUAAAGGAUUGGAGUGGUGAUGCCAUCGAAGGGACAUUCUAUGCUGCCGAACUUCAAGAGGUGACAGAGCAUCCAGAACAGUUAUACCGCAUCCAAGACAUCGUGAAAAAGAGAACUCGUAACAAGAAAAGAGAAGUGAUGGUGAAAUGGCUUCACUGGCGUAAGGAGUACAAUACGUGGAUUCCAGAAGCAGACGUUGUUCGAUAUCAGAUGGUAUAA